UACACUCUCCCAAUAACCGUAAACUCAAAAAUUAUUCUGUAUCCAACAAUGGCCUUCUCAAGAUUUAGCUACUUACUUACAUUAGUUCUACUUCUCCCCACCGUUUUUGCAAAAACUGAUCCUCUUUUCUAUUCUUGUUCAAGAACUGAAAAUUUCACUGUAAGUAGUUCUUAUGCUAAAAGCUUGCACAAGCUAAUUGAAAAUAUCAAGUAUUUAGCCCCAGCAAAGGGCUUUGCUCUUGGUUCUUUGGGUCAAACUAGCCAAGAUCGACCGUAUGGACUCACUCUUUGCAGAGGAGACAUCUCCGCUUCAGAUUGCUUAACCUGUAUUGCAGAAGCCAGCAAUGAAAUACGCACACGCUGCCCAAAUAACAAACAAGCAACUAUAUGGUACGAUAAUUGUCUGAUCAAGUACUCGAAUAUUAACUUCUUUGGCCAAAUAGAUGAACAAAACAAGUUUUAUCUCUUGAACGUACAAAAUGUGAGCGAUCCGGCAUCGUUUAACGCAAACGUGAAGGAUUUGUUAAGCAAAUUAGCUGAAAAUGCUUCUGUUAGUCCAAGAAUGUUUGCUGCUGGAGAUAUGGAGAUUGAAGGAUCAAAGAAAGUUUAUGGGUUGGCUCAAUGCAGUAGAGAUCUUUCUAGUGGUGAUUGUCAGAAGUGUAUUGAUAGUGCUAUAAGUGAACUUCCAAGUUGUUGUGAUGGGAAAAAAGGAGGUAGGGUUGUUGGUGGGAGUUGCACCGUUAGAUAUGAGAUUUACCCAUUUGUUAAUGCUUAAAAUUUGUACUAUUUUGUUCUUUUAAGAUUCAUUUAUCACUACUGCAUUAGUGAUGUAACUUAUUCUGAAGAUAUUGGAUGUGAAUAAAUAUGUAAAAUUUCAAUAUAAUUGAUUGUUUCUUUUGUUUAAUAAAUUAAAAUUAUUCUGAA